AUAUAUAUAUAUGUAUAAUAUAAUUUGUUUCUCAUACGUUUCCUUUCGUUUACUUCUUACAUUAACAAAAAGCUUUUUACAUGGAUUCUAAUCGGUUUCUUUAGAUGUAUUAUUUUGUUAGUUGAAGAUCAAUGUACGAAUGCUAAAAGAAAUAAUUUAGGACGUUGUGACAAAUAUUGAAUAUCAACGAGUGAAGAAUAAAAAUUUUAAGAGCUGUUCUUUGUCGUCUACGACUUUUCUCAUUUUUCUUUCUCUCUUUUUUUUUAAAAUUAAUUUUAAGAGAAUAGAAAUUCUUCGAAUAUACAUAUAUAUACAUAUACAUAUAUUUUAACAUCUUUUCAUCUUACAUGAAAUCAUCGUGUGAUCUUUUUAUGUCCACCUUCGAAUCAGAAGAUUGACGACAACAAAUGAAUUCGACAUGGAAGAAUAUAAUGAGCGAGUCGGUAAAAGUGGCCGUAAGAUGUCGGCCUAUGUGCAGUCGAGAAAAGCAACAGGGGUGCCGGAACGUCGUGACGAUCGACAGUUUGUCAAAAUGUUGUACAUUGGAGAAUCCAUCUGCGAAUGGAAAUUUGACGGGUGGAAAGGUGUAUCAGUUCGACGCAGCAUUUGGUUCAGAUUCAAGUACGGAAUUGGUUUACGAGGACGUUGGAUCGGUCAUCGUGGAGGCUGUACUUCAUGGUUACAAUGGUACAGUCUUUGCUUAUGGGCAAACAGGUUGCGGAAAGUCUUACACUAUGCGAGGUUUCAUCGAACGUACAUUGGAACAUUUGUUCGAGGCAACUUCAACUUCGAGCACGGAGACACGUUAUUUGGCAUUACUUAGCUAUCUCGAGAUUUAUAACGAACGUUUGCGAGAUCUAUUGAAGGAAGGUACUGGUGAGACGUUGUUGAUGUUGAAGGAAGAUACAACCAGAGGGACUUACGUAGCUGGUGGUUUGCGCGAGGUCACGGUCAAGAACGCUGCCGAAUGUGCACGUUUGAUCGAGCAAGGUGAUAAAAAAAGGGCAGCAGCCGCUACGAAGAUGAACGCAGCAAGCUCGAGGAGUCACGCGGUUUUGACGCUUGCACUCGAGGCAAUAGCUAUCAACGAUAACGACAAGGGUGGUAGUAACGCCAUUAGAAGAGGAAGACUUCAUUUGGUCGAUUUGGCUGGUUCGGAGAGACAAACGAGAACCGGGGCUACUGGGGAUCGUUUGAAGGAAGCUGCUAGUAUUAAUUUGAGCUUAUCCGCUCUUGGUAACGUCAUUAGUGCAUUGGCUGCUGGCAAUGGUCGACAUGUACCAUAUAGGGAUAGUAAAUUGACCAGGUUACUGAGGGAUAGUCUUGGUGGCAAUGCAAGAACACUUAUGAUAGCAUGCAUCAGUCCAAGCGACAUUGAUGCCGAAGAGACAUUGAGUACACUUCGAUAUGCCGCAAGAGCACGUUGCAUUAAAAACAAACCGAUCGUCAACGAGGACCCUAAAGAUGCUUUGUUGAGGCAAUAUCAAUUGGAGUUACAGAGGCUUCGCAAAUUGUUGGAAUCGAACGAUAAGAUAAACGAUUCGAAGGACCUUGAAUUAGAAAUCGACGUUACGGAAAGGGAAUAUAAUGAAGAAGUCGAGAGAUUGAGAAAGGAAUGUGAGAAUUCGAAUUUGUCUGCUAAAAAAUUGCGAGAGGAACUCGAUAUAUUGAGAUCGCGAUACGAGAAUGAUAACGGUAAGACUACAUUGCACGAGGGUGAACCUGUUAUCGACGAAUUGGAUAGGGAACGAGAAGAAAAACGAAGGAAGAAGAGAGAAGCUGCGAAACAAGAAGUAUUAAGGAGAUUGGAGAAACUUACGAUCGGUGGGGAGGCACUUGACAAUAACGAGUUAAGAAAACGAAGGGAAAAGAGAAGAAAGAGAUUGCAAGCUCUUGCUGGUGUUUUAGAAGCUAGCAGUCAAGAUGGCGGUGUCUUCCAAGUUUACGGUCAACUGAGGUCUACCGAGGAUGCAUUAAAAAGAAUGGCAAAAAGAGUACGUCAACUCGAAGCGGAAGCUGCCGAUCUCCAAGCAUCCUGGGACGCUGAACGUCGUGAUCUCUUACGACGUGAAUUACUUACGUCACAAUUGUGCGAUGCAAUGAUACCACAUUUACGACCAGGUUGUCCACUCCGCGACGUAGGAUCGGUAAGAGCAUCGGCAACUUGGUCUGAGGAAUUAAAUCGAUGGAGAUUUCCGGAUGCGUCUAGUUACAUAACGUUACCGCCAACGUUCGUGCAAUUACGGGAUGGUAUGGUGAACACCGUAACGAUACCAGGAACGACAUCGAAGGCAGAUCUUAACAACAAUAAUAACAGUAACAACAAUACCGGUAACAACGGGAAAGAGGAUUUUAAAACAACGAAUUUAAUGUCAACUAACGAGAUUUCGACGGAGGAGACGAAUGAUGAUAAAAAUAAAAAAAAGGAUACGACCAAGAAACUCGACAUUGCUGACACAUAUUUUCGUAGAAACAGGAUCGAUACGCUGUUGGCACGUGUCAAAGAGGCAAAAACAUUUGAAAUAGGAAAUCGUUUAAGUAAAUCCGGUGGUUCGGAGGAUACAAUACUUCCCAUUAAUAACAACUAUCUUCAAUUAAAUGCAUUGAACUUGCAAAGUAGUGCACCGGUAAUCAGCGAAUCAAAUGUUUACAAACCCAGUCAACAUCCUAGACCCGUUCAUGGUCAUUCAACUCGACACGCUUGGACCAUCGAUGAUAAUCCAACAAAUAGAACUUAUGGUUCGUUCGUAACUAAUAUGAAAAAAAAUCCACCAAGGAUAUUAGAAGCAUUACCGUCUUAUCCUCAAGGCAAUGGACAACUUGUUAAUAAUCCGUUUCGUUUUAACGAAAGGAUACCUUCUAGAUUCGAUCAAAAUGAUGAUCAACGACAUGAACAACAACACGAACAAGAAGAAGAAGAAGAUGAAGAAGAAGAAGAAGAAGAAAAACGACGUGAACAUCGUUUACUCAAUCUCGAUCGAAAUUUUCAUUCGUCUAACACGAGCUAACGAUAUUGAUUAAUUAACAAAUUUGUUAAGUAACGAUUAUUAAUUAGAUAAUUGAUAUUUAACCGUCGAAUGUUGACCGUCGAUUUUAU